UAUCAAACCUAGAAAUAAAAAAAAAAGACUACACCUACAACUAACUUCAGGUGUUGACAGCGAUCUAGAAAUCUGGAAUCAGCGUCAUUAAAAAUUAAUUAAAAAAUGUCUGCAUUAAAACAGUGGGCUUGUGUGAGAUAUGUGGAAAAUGUUUGUGGAAACCACAAGAAGAAGAAUAUUUCAUUUAUUGUUCCUCUGGAAGAUGUCGAAUUGGAGAACGGAGAAUUUGACAAAAAUAGUAUUUAUAAUGUCAAAUGUAUAAAAAAUAGCAGCCGUUCAUGCAAAGCUGUGAUUGCAUUCAUCACAGAAGAAACAACAAGAAGUAAGGCAAUAAACCUGAAAAUUAAAACUCGACUAAGCUACGCAGCUAAUCCUUCCUCCUCUGAAGAGAACUCUGCAAGAGCCAGUACGUCGAAAGCCGAGGAAGAAAGCGACGAGGAGUAUUUAAUUUAAUGAAAGAGAAAAU